AUUUUCCUGUGAAGACAAGUAUUCUCAUUAUAAUUAGCAUAAUGUUAGUCAAAGUGAUUAAAUGUUACCCGACCGGUGCCCCCGAGGCUGUGUGCGAAGGUCUGGUGCCCAAACAUGGCGUAGCGCCACAAACCUCGAAGUCUCCGUACGUAUUGACUGCACACCAAACCAAUGGCUCAAUGAUUGAGCUCAUCAUCGAAAGCCAUCAAAACACACCUUUCCGUGGAUUCGCAAUACAGGCCCACAAUGUAAACCAAUCUAAUGAAGUGAUCGGACAGUUUUCGGUUCAGGAGCAGGACAGACAACAUAUCCAUACUAUCCAUUGCUCUGGCGGUCGAAACAAUACGAUAACACAUUCGGACAAAGAUGUCAAGCAGAGUGUGUCCGUCCAGUGGAAGGCGCCUUCAGACUUAACCAAAGGAACUGCCAUUAAGUUUGUGGGAACUGUAGUAAAGGAU